AUGGAUUCUCUCACGACCCAUCCCUCUACCGCGCAGCAGGCUCGGGCCUUCACUUCUCCCGCCUCUCUGUCGUUUCCCGGUGGUGCCGGUGAUUUGACUCCGCCUUCUGAUAAAGAUGGAAACAUGGCGAUGGGUGCCCAGGGCGCUCAGAGUGCGAACGGAAAUGUGAACGGCCAGCAGCCCGGAGGCAAUGCCGUUAGUGGCACCGGGGUGACGCCCGCGACUCCAGCUGCGACUCCAGGUGCCAACGCUCCGGGGAGUGGUAUUGUGCCAACGUUGCAGAACAUUGUCGCCACCGUCAACCUUGACUGUCGUCUGGACUUGAAGACCAUUGCGCUUCACGCAAGGAAUGCGGAGUACAACCCCAAGCGUUUCGCGGCCGUGAUCAUGCGUAUUCGUGAACCGAAGACCACCGCUCUGAUCUUCGCCUCGGGAAAGAUGGUGGUUACUGGUGCCAAGUCGGAGGAUGACUCCAAACUGGCAUCCAGGAAGUAUGCACGUAUCAUCCAGAAGCUGGGUUUCAAUGCCAAAUUCACGGAUUUCAAAAUCCAGAACAUUGUCGGCUCUUGCGACAUUAAGUUUCCCAUUCGUCUGGAAGGUUUGGCCAGUCGCCAUCACAACUUCAGUUCUUACGAACCUGAGUUGUUCCCCGGUCUUAUCUACCGUAUGAUGAAGCCGAAGAUUGUGCUCUUGAUCUUCGUUAGCGGGAAGAUUGUCUUGACUGGUGCCAAAGUGCGUGAAGAGAUCUACCAGGCUUUUGAGCUCAUAUACCCAGUGCUUUCAGAUUUCCGCAAGGUUUAA